AUCCUGAGCUCAGGGAUUGGGGCGUUCAUAUCAGCGCCUGGGACUGGGAGACAGGGCGAGGGAGAGAGGAUCACUCAGGGCUCGGAGACGGUCCACUGGCUUUACCGGGACACAGAGCCGUGCUUUGCAGAGUAAAACUCGGCGCAGAUCCGUCGCUAAUCUGGAGAAAUCCUCCGCUCGGCUCAGCUCCCCGAUGGAGCGCUGGAAAGGCAGAGUGGCGCUCGUGACCGGAGCCUCGGUCGGGAUCGGAGCGGCUGUCGCGCGCGCUCUCGUCCAGCAGGGCAUGAAGGUGGUCGGGUGCGCGCGCAGCGUCGAUAAAAUCGAGAAGCUGGCAGCGGAGUGUCAGAGUGCGGGCUACAGCGGCACCCUGAUCCCGUAUAAAUGUGACCUGUGCAAUGAGGAGGAGAUCCUCUCCAUGUUCUCCGCCAUUAAGACUCUGCUUCAGGGGGUGGACGUGUGUAUCAACAACGCCGGCCUGGCUCACAACGAACCUCUGCUUAGUGGCCGCACUGAGGGGUGGAAGAACAUGCUCGAUGUGAACGUUCUCGCUCUGGCCAUCUGUACGCGUGAAGCCUACCAGUCCAUGAGGGAGAGAAACGUGGACGAUGGACACAUCAUCAACAUCAACAGUAUGGGAGGACACAGGAUGGUACCGAGCGCCGACGAGCAUUUCUACUGCGCCACCAAAUAUGCCGUGACGGCGCUUACUGAGGGGCUCAGACAGGAGCUGAGGGAGGCCAAGACGCACAUCCGUGCCACGUGUAUAUCUCCUGGCAUAGUGGAGACUGAGUUUGCCUUCAGACACCACAACAGUGAUCCAGAGAAAGCUGCUUCUGUGUAUGAAAGUAUAAAGUGUUUGAAAGCAGAAGACAUAGCCAGCGCUAUCACCUACGUCCUCAGCGCCCCUCCACAUGUUCAGAUCGGAGAUGUGCAGCUGCGGCCCGUGGAGCAGGUGUCCUAGUGACGGAACGGAUACACAUCGAUGGAGAGUGGAGAAGACAGAACCAGCAGCAAACAGUGUCUCUCUGGCAACACCUGCUGGACAAACUGUACAAAUAGUUUUAAAACAUGGAAUUGAAAGGGAAUUGGGUUUGUGUGUGGUUUGAGGAAAACGUAGCAAAUCUGAAAAUCUGAAGCUGUGUGAGAGGGAACUGGUCCGUAAGAGAGGGGGAGAAAAUAGAGAAGGAGAGAAAGAGAUAUGAUUGGUACCGUUCCAAUUUAAACAAACACUGCUGCCUCAACGUGAUGGGAAAUUUUAUAGUAGACGGAAACUGGAAAAUGGAAACAGGGACCAUGUAGAGCUGAAAAAUGGUUCCCACUUAUGACCACAGACCAGAAUGCCGUCGGUUGCACAGGUUUUUUUUUUUUUUUUUUAGGUCAUAUGACAUAUCUGUUUUGAAAUGAGACAAAAAAACUGUCACUCAGUGUGCAGCAAAUAGGUGUAAGAAACACUUGCAAUUAUAAUGCAUUAAUUAAUCUCAUAUAAAGGCUUCACUUGUGUGUAUAUAUAUAUAUAUAUAUAUAUAUAUAUAUAUAUAUAUAUAUAUAUAUAUGUAUAUAUAUAUACUUAUAACUAUACUAAUAUAUUCCCAAACUAAAAGCAUGUAACUAAAUUCUGGAAAUUGUUUCUUAUAGUUUUUCUCAAUUAGACUUGACAUAAUUUGGCUUUUUCGCUAGUAGCUAUAAUUCAGUGACAUUAAAUAUAAUUAAUAUUUCACAAGCAGUUAUUAGGUUUGCCCUUACAAAUGAAAACAGUUUGCUUUCCGCUCUGAAAUACAACUUCCAUCUGCGUUUAUCUACAUGGAGUUUGCCCUCACAUCCCAAUUAUAACCAAUGAUAAGCGGCUGUAUUAUUAGACAUUACAGAUGUUUUAUAAGACUUUAUACGACUCCCUACAAUGCAUUAUAAUUGCGCUAAGUGUUAGCACAUGAUUAUUGUAUUAUUUUUUAUAAGUAUUCUAACUUUAGAUUGUAUGUAGAUGUGUUUCUCAUAAUGUGUAACUUUCUGUAAAUUCUUUGAUUUUCAACCAAUCAGGAGUCUAAAGUACCUCUGAAGUGCAGAGCCUGAGCUUAUAAAUUGCAUACGAACAAAUGGUUAAGUGCUCGUGCUUUUUAAAGCCUGCAUCCAGUGCAUGAUUUUUAUCCAACCCGAGGAGGCAUUUGAAUUCCUUGAUGUCAUGUAGAAUUGGUUUUUGCACUUUGGACUCGGAGUGAAAGCGUAAAACACUGACACCUUUCCUAGAGACAUGUGACUAACUUUUAUGUGUGCACAUUUUAAAGAAGCUCCACCUUUGUUCAUGUGUACAGAUAAGAUAUUCUCGUGAACAUAAAUCGAAAAGAUUAUUAGUGCUGUGAA